CCCUCCCGCCGCCGCGGAGAGCGCAGGGAGCAGCCGGGGGCUCGGUGGCGGCGGCGUCUGGCCCCAGCUCCUCCUCCUCCUCCGCCUCCGCCUCCUCCAUCUCCUUCUCGCUCGCUCCAUCUGCCGUGGAUAUGGCCCGUCGCUGGAGCACAAAAGAGUCUCCGCGGUGGAGGUCUGCGCUGGUCUUGCUUUUCCUCGCCGGGGUGUACGCUUGUGGAGAAACUCCAGAACAAAUUCGAGUGCCAAGUGGUAUAAUCACGAGCCCAGGCUGGCCUUCUGAAUAUCCUGCCAGAAUCAACUGUAGCUGGUUUAUAAGGGCAAACCCAGGGGAAAUUAUUACUAUAAGUUUUCAGGAUUUUGAUAUUCAAGGGUCCAGAAGAUGCAGUUUGGACUGGUUGACGAUAGAAACAUACAAGAAUAUUGAAAGCUACAGAGCCUGUGGUUCUACAAUCCCACCACCAUAUAUUUCUUCACAAGACCACGUCUGGAUCAGGUUCCAUUCCGAUGACAGUAUCUCUAGGAAGGGUUUCAGACUGGCAUACUUUUCAGGGAAAUCUGAGGAACCAAACUGUGACCAGUUUCGUUGUGGUAAUGGAAAGUGUAUACCAGCAGCCUGGAAAUGCAAUAACAUGGACGAAUGUGGAGAUAGUUCUGAUGAAGAGAUCUGUGCCAAAGAAGUGAAUCCUCCAACAUCGGCCGCUUCCCAACCCUGUGCUUACAACCAGUUCCAGUGUCUAUCUCGGUUUACCAAAGUUUACACUUGCCUCCCCGAAUCUUUAAAAUGUGAUGGGAACAUUGACUGCCUUGACCUUGGAGAUGAGAUAGACUGUGAUGUGCCAACUUGUGGGCAGUGGUUAAAAUAUUUUUAUGGUACUUUUAAUUCUCCCAAUUAUCCAGACUUUUAUCCUCCUGGAAGCAAUUGCACCUGGUUAAUAGACACUGGUGAUCAUCGCAAAGUCAUCUUACGCUUCACUGACUUUAAACUUGAUGGUACUGGUUAUGGUGAUUAUGUCAAAAUAUACGAUGGAUUAGAGGAGAAUCCACACAAGCUUUUGCGUGUGUUAACUGCUUUUGAUUCUCAUGCGCCUCUCACUGUCGUGUCUUCUUCUGGACAGAUAAGGGUACAUUUCUGUGCCGAUAAAGUCAACGCUGCCAGGGGAUUUAAUGCUACUUACCAAGUAGACGGCUUCUGUUUGCCAUGGGAAAUACCCUGCGGAGGGAACUGGGGGUGUUAUACGGAGCAGCAGCGCUGUGAUGGGUAUUGGCAUUGCCCAAACGGAAGGAAUGAAAUCAAUUGUACCAUGUGCCAAAAGGAAGAGUUCCCAUGUUCCCGGAACGGCGUCUGUUACCCUCGUUCUGAUCGCUGCAACUACCAGAAUCAUUGCCCAAAUGGCUCCGAUGAAAAAAACUGCUUUUUUUGCCAGCCAGGAAAUUUUCAUUGUAAAAACAAUCGUUGUGUGUUUGAAAGCUGGGUGUGUGACUCUCAGGACGACUGUGGCGAUGGCAGCGACGAGGAGAAUUGCCCGGUAAUCGUGCCUACCCGAGUCAUAACUGCAGCCGUCAUAGGGAGCCUUACCUGUGGCCUGUUACUGGUCAUUGCCUUGGGAUGUACUUGUAAGCUUUAUUCUCUGAGAAGGUUUGAACGAAGAUCAUUUGAAACACAGUUGUCCAGAGUGGAAGCAGAAUUGUUAAGAAGAGAAGCUCCUCCCUCUUAUGGACAAUUGAUUGCUCAGGGUUUAAUUCCACCAGUUGAAGAUUUUCCUGUUUGUCCACCUAAUCAGGCUUCUGUUUUGGAAAACCUGAGGCUAGCUGUAGGGUCUCAGCUUGGAUUUACUUCAAUCAGACUUCCUAUGGCAGGCAGAUCCAGCAACAUCUGGAAUCGUAUUUUUAAUUUUGCAAGAUCACGCCAUUCAGGGUCAUUGGCUCUGGUCUCAGCAGAUGGGGAUGAGGUUGCCCCUAGUCAGAGUACCAACAGAGAACCUGAAAGAAAUCAUACUCACAGAAGUUUGUUUUCUGUGGAAUCUGACGACACAGACACAGAAAAUGAGAGAAGAGAUACGGUAGGAGCAUCUGGCGGGGUUGCAGCUCCUUUGCCUCAAAAAAUCCCUCCCACAACAGCGGUAGAAGCAACAGUGGGAGCAAGUGGAAGUUCCUCCACUCAGAAUACCCGAGGUGGUCACACAGAAACCGGACGGGAUGUGACAAGUGCGGAACCCCCAAGUGUGAGUCCGGCGCGUCACCAGCUCACAAGUGCGCUAAGUCGUAUGACUCAGGGGCUACGUUGGGUACGUUUUACAUUAGGGCGAUCAAGCUCCGUAAGUCAGAACCAGAGCCCUUUGAGACAACUUGAUAAUGGGGUAAAUGGAAGAGAAGAAGAUGAUGAUGUCGAAAUGCUGAUUCCAGUUUCUGAAGGAGCUUCAGACUUUGACGCGAAUGACUGUUCCAGACCUCUUCUUGAUCUUGCCUCCGAUCAAGGGCAAAGGUUCAGACAACCAUAUAGUGCAGCAGACCCUGGAGUAAGACCAAGUAAUCGCGAUGGCCCCUGUGAGCGCUGCGGUAUUGUCCACACUGCCCAGAUACCAGACUCUUGCUUAGAAGCAAUGCUGAAAAAUGAAACGAGUGAUGAUGAAGCUUUGUUACUUUGUUAGGUACAAGAAUCCCGUCAGGGAGAUUGGAUACAAGUUGGAGCAAUAUCCAUUCAUUGUUUUGGAACUUUACAAUUAAACUAGUUUUAAUUUAAAAAGAAAAAAGAUGCAGGGUGAUUUCUUACUAUCAUAUGUUAGCCUGCAUGGUUAAAUUAAACACCUGUAACUCUAUAAACUUUAGAGUUUACUAUUUUAGCAGCUAAAAAUGCAUUAUGUAUUCAGAUUGUUCAAUAAUGUUCUUCCAUUUGUUUCUAAUUGUUUUCAUCCUGGUACUGUAGUUCGCAGUAGAGAUAUGGCUGCAGAAACUCAUUUGACUGUCAGUUUCUAUCUAUCCUAUGUUAAAACGUUUCUUUGUUCAAAAUAAUACCUUCUUUUAAUUGAACCCUUUAUGCUUUUGCCAAUACAUCUUGUAACUUAAUAUACUAGAUGUUAAGGUUGUUAAUAUAAAAAGAGAAAAAGUCCUUAUUCUCACCUGUUUUUAUUUGUAUAACAUCUGUCUAAACAUUAUUAGAUUUCAUAAUAUGAGCUUGUCAAAGGGAAAAAAACUGUCUAAAAUUUUUUCUCAUGUUUAACAUGCAAUGAUGUGAAAUUUAGAUAGAGUUAGAUAAAUUAAUGGCAAAAACAAAACUCUUUUAUAAAUUUUCUAAUGUUGACUUUAAUACUCUAAUAUGGUACAAACCAAAUGGUAAAAAGCCCAAAUCAUUUCUUUUUUUAUCUCUAUUUAAGGACAGAAUUAAGCGGAUGAAGAUAUUCUACUAUGCAUUAAAUCUUGAACUUUAUAAAAUAUGUACAAAAAUUGUACAAGAUAAGUUCCAACUGGUAAUGUCUUUCCCUGAUACAGGGUUAUGCUUGUAUUGGACCCUAGGGAUUUGCACUAAAAUCAUAUCAAGGUCUCAGAUGAGUUUCGUGCAGAAGCACUAUCACUUUAAAUACUAUUAUUUGCUAUCAUAAUGACUAUAUAUUUCCAUAGCUUAUGGGGGGGGCGUGAGGGGGCAUUUUUAUUACAACUUGAGGUUGCUUUGCUAGUUUCAUAUUUAUUUGUUGUAUUUAAAAACUGCAUUAUAGUAAGAAAGUGAUUUUUUUCAAUAUAUUUUAUUCAUAAGGGGAGGAUCAUGCUACAUGUUGAAAAGCAAAUUAAGAAAUCAUUCAGAUCACCUCCCUUUUUUAAGUAAAAUGAAUUGCAAAACCCCGCAUAUUUUUUUAUUGUCAAUUCCCAUUUAUUUAUUCUUUAGCUGUCUGUUUUAGUAGCUUAAUGUUUGAGUAUGAAAAAUGUAUUUGUGUAUGAUUAUUGCUAUUUAUUAAAUUUUAAAUACUUUGCUGAAUGUCAUUUUAAAGCAUGUUUGAGGUCUUGUGUAUUUGUCGUGUUAUGCUGUCAGGAAGAACUGACUGAAAUGUUUUAAUAUGUAUCAAAAAUUAAAAUGACUUCUUUUUUUUGUAUUGCCUUGAGGUACUUUUUAAAUCAAAGUUUCUAUUUAUUUUUGUUCAUUUGGUGCAUAUACAAUUUCAGGCCAUGAAAUAUGCAGUGUGUCUAGAAGAAAAAUUAAAGAGGGGAUGUCUUUCUUAACUCCCUUAUAGUAAAGUAGUAGCUUACACCAGUUCUCAAGGGUAAAAAAAUCCCUAAGGACCUGGACAUUAUUUUGCCUUUAAUUGAUGUGUCUAAUAAGAGUCAGUAACUAUAUCAGUUCUCUUUUUAUAUUAUUUUCAGAUACAUUUUAGACGCCUAUACAAUAUUUUACUGGCAGAAUUUGGGUUACCAAAUUAACCUUGUUUAGGUCCUACUAAUUAUAUACUAUUAUGUAUAGGUUUUUUGUUUUUGUUUUCUGACAUAUAUUUUAAUUUCGUUGUUUAAUUAACUAAUACAUCUCCUUGAUUCAAACAGUAAAAAAAUUAAGUCUCUCUCCUAUCCCUGACAGCCAUCUUCUAGUUCCCUUUCAAAGAAAUAGGUACCAAGACCAAAUUCUUGUAUACCCUCCAGAAAUACCAUAUAGAUAUAUAAAUGUAUCUAUAUGUAUAAAUGCUAUAUGAUGUAACACAAAUUGGAACAUACUAUGCAUUCUUUUUCUGCACCUUUUUUCAAGGGAAAAAGUGUAUCUGCUACUGGUUGAAUGUUAAAAGUACAGUUGGGUAUUUCUGUUAUUUGACUUUUCACAUUUAAAAAUUUGAUCUAUCCUGAAUUUAAGGCUCCAGUUUUUCUUCCUAGGUAACUACCUAGUUACUGCAAGGCUGUUUAUUAAAUCUGUCCUUUCCUUGCUGUUGGAAAUGGCCCUUUUAUCAUAUUGCAGAUUUUCAUAUUAUGUGGAUGUAUUUCUAGACUCUAAUUCCAUUCUCUUCAAUUGACUUGCCUUUUUUUUUUUGUACCAGUCCUACACUGUUUUAAUAACAGUAAUUUUUAAAUGUUCAAAUAUUCUUGCUUAUUUCUCCAUUUGAACUUUAGAAUCAACCCUUUGUGUUCCACAAAACAAAUCCAUUGUACAUUUAUUUUUUUGGACAGUUUUACUUUUAUAGGUCAACUUGGGGAAAUUUGACAUCAUUAUCAUGUUAAAGCUUCUAUCUAAACCAUGGUGCCCUAUCCAAAAAUGGUUCCCAAUUUGUUCAAGUCUUUUUUGUUGUUUCCUUCACAGAUGCUUCGCAUUUUACUUUACAGAGAUCUUGUACAUGUUUUUCAAGAGUUCUUAGAAAUUUUAUUAUUUUUGUUACCAUUAUUAAGGAAGUCCUUUCUGUUUAUAAUUUAGUCUGAUUUUAGUAUAUAUGAAAGCUAAUGACUUAUUUAUGUUAAUUUUCUGCCCAGCUACCAGACUCUCAUUUUCUUAUGGUUUGUAAUAGUACUUCAGUUAAUUCUUUUGUGUUUUCCAGUUAUACAGUCAUGUCUUCCAGUUUGCAUACCUCUUUA